AUGGGCCUGACCUUUUUGCCUCGCCCAUCGCCGUGCGGAUCCAGGAAGCGCAGCCGAGCGGUGGCGGAUAUCGAUGGGGAACAUUCUUGUGUGCAGAAGAAGAAGCGGCGCCUUCGAUUGUUCCUCAUCACUUCACGACUAUCGCCACAGUUUUCGCACCCAGCAACCAAUAUUGUGGAUCGCGGUAGUUCUAAGAUUGCAGUAUGGGCCAAGCAAAAGGCUCUUGGAAGAAACUUGCUAAGAAAGGCUGCCAUCCUCAAUGGCAUACGCAGACGAUGUAUCGUGACCAAGGAGGCGCAGUACGGACGCGGCCGUGUGCCAGUUGAGCAGGAGAAAGAACAAGCACAACUUGAUAUCUGGAUCGCCUUCCAGUUCUCCAGCGUCUUCGAGAAGCCCUUCGCCUACCUCGCCGUCUCCAACAUUGAGAAGUCCUUCCGAUGA